GAGGAAGAAGCAGCAGCUUCAGAGCGGAGCUGCACGGCGGUCUCUUCUGGUUUCUGGAUGCGGAUCAUGGAUCUGCCUUGGGUGAUCGUCCUGGUGGUUCUGCUGUGUGCCGAGACCAAAAACAUGGACGUGGUGGUGGCGCCGGGUCACAACGCCACCUUGACCUGCUCUUUGGACGGCUCAAACGUUUACUGGUACACAGGGAUAGGAAGCCAGGUGAAGGUGCCGCUCGCCCGCACCUUUGGUAUUAAACCUGAAGAUAAGCAGUACUACGUUAUUACUACUUUGAAACACAAGCACACGGUCUUUAACAACACACUGGUGAUCAGGAACAUCACUUCAGAGGACUACCGGCUCUACUUCUGUGGCAAAAGAAAUAACAGCAACAUUGUCUUUACAGACACUUUCCGCCUGGUUAGAGAUGUUCCCAUCCCUUCAGGCACCAACUGCUCUGAAGGAAACCAGCAGCAGAAUAAAAGCAGCAGCAGUAUUUCCCACAGUGAGCCCAUCGUUUACAGCUCGUUGGCCCUGAAUGUCGUCUUCGUCUUCGUGAUUAUUGGUUUGGUUUUGACCUAUCUGUGUUUGAAGAGGAAGAACAGCAACCACCAGGUGAACGACCCUUCACCUUUGACCUCUGAGAACCCAGAGACCGUGGAGAUGCCACAGUACGAGGAGAUCCAUCUCACAAGCCUCCCUCCUGCUCCUACCUAUUCAACCGAGUGUAUUUACCACAAAGCCCAGCUUCCUGGAUCCCCACUGCCUCGACACCACUGACACCUGUACACCUGGAUGGUACCUGGACUAUUGAUCUAACUGGACUACUGGACGGUACCUGGACACUUUUCCACUCACCUGUUGUAUUUAUAUUUUCUGAUGGAUGUUGUGGACUUGAAGUUCAUUAAAAGACAAAAGAGAAACGAUCUCAAACUGUUUUAGUGUGUGAUAGACAUGCAGUCUGAGUGCAGAGUGAUGGCUUUGAGGUCCAGAUAGAAGAGCACAGGUGGUGAUGUUUUAGCUUUACGUGACAUAACGGUGAACAUAACUGAAGUCAUGUGGUCUGAGCAGCAGGUCUUACGUCAGCUCGGUGUUUGUGGUUCCUCAGAACUGACUUCAGUCUAACACCGUCACUGUAAAACGCUUCCUGCUCACUGUGCAACUUUAGAACUUCCAGAUUGUAGUUGCCACAUCUUUAAAUUGUGUUUUCAUUAUUCAGAAGUGUUGAUUAUUACACAAUUAUUAGUGUUAACAUCCUCAACAAUCCAAUGUCUAACUAAAAACAGUCUUUGUGUUGGUUUAGUAGAAGUGGAAGUGAAGUUCAGAGAAAAACAGGACUUUCAUAUUUGCCUUAAUGUUGGUUUUAGAUCACUUUUACAUUUGUGUCCACAGUCUUUGUGUACUUAAUGAACUUCCACUUUUACUGACAUGCUUCUCACUUCUGUAAAUAUUCUCUUUUCCUAAAAUAGUUCCUAUCAAAACAUUCAUCAACUACAGUUUCCUUCAAGAGAGAACAUUUAUUUUAAAAACGUUCUCGCUUUACUGUCAAUUUUUGUGCCACAAUAUAUAUAUCUAUCUUUAUUAACCCAUUUAGAUUAAUAACAUUAAAUAAAAAACAACCCAGUGCUCUUCAGCUUCUGGAACUUAAAGAAUAAAGCUGCUUUCUCAUAUUAAAGAUCAACACUUGAAAUGAUGAUCCACAGUAUUUAAAACCUCCUAUUUAAAGUUAUCAAAUCAAUAAAGAAGUUAACGUCGUCUGCAUAUCAAGAGACUUUACGUCUCGUCUGAACUCAUGAACUAAAACAGCUUUAACUAUGAUACUAAAACUCAAAGUACUUGUGUAAAAGGAGCCUCGCAGCCUCAUAGAUGAUGUGGAUUUCUUCCUGGAAAGGUUUGGUCUGUUGGGUUUCCUCCACUGUGGGAGGAGAGGGUUAUGAAACUGAAUCGUGUUCUGAUGUUGAGAGGAUCAACAAGCCGCUCACUUCACCCACCGAGCUAACCUUCUGAUUUAACUAUUUGAAUAUAACAGAUUUUAAUUUUCACACCUUUCUGCUGGUCUAUCUAAGGGAAAUUUUAAAGUUCCUGAGAACUACAUGUGAACAACCACAGUGAGAAGUGAUGAUGUCUUAAAGUGUGAAUGUUGGAUCUUAGAUCUUAACCUCAAACUUGUUUUUCCGCCUUUGGACGCGUGGUUAAAAAACAAGUAAACUUCAGUCUUUCUUUUCAACCUUAUGUCAAUGUUUGACUGCUGCAGCAGAUGUGUUAAACCACAUCUGGAGGUGCAAUGUCACAUCACAAUCUGCACUGUUUACUGCUUUGAUCAUUUCGUUUUUCAUUUGCAGAGCUGGAAGAAGUAUUCAAGUUUUUUACUCAAGUAAAAGUAGCAGAACUACUGUGAAAAAAUGUGCAGGCUUACAGCAGCAGAGGGUAAAGUGCACACAAGAGACAGAGUAGAAGAAGACGAGAUAAAAAUAAAAUGAAAUAAAAAUCCACAAUAACUGAAAUAUAUAUGUACAGACAGAAAAACUAUUAAAGCUAUAA